ACUAAGAGGACGCAGCGGCUCCAUGUGUGUUGAGGCGCAUUAUUUGGCAACAGACGCGGCAGCGGGGAGGGCCGAAAAAAAGAGGAUAUCCCCUGGAUUUCUAAAAAGCAACGAUUUAUCGAGGUUAACUGCAGAUUAAAGAUUCCUUGGUCGACCAUCGGCGAAGAACGGGCAACAAAGCGACCGAGGGAUGUCUGAGGAGGCUGUCCGCCAGACGCGCAGCCAAAAGAGAGCGCUGGAGAGGGAUGCUGCUCCACAGUCUAUAGAACCAUCCAAUGCUGACAAUGAAAGCAAAAAGCCUAAAUUGGACCUGUCUGAACCCCUAACACAGGCACAAACUGAACCUACACCCGACCCUGUACUGACAGAGGACGGCGAGAGCCGGUCUAAGGAUGGAUCAGAGCACGAAAAAGGUGAGGAGGAAGAGCAGAGCCGGUUGCCGUCAUCUUUAGCGCUACCUUUGGCCUCUCACCCGGUGAAGGAAGAUCGGGAGUGGACCCAGAAACAACAGACGGUGGAGCCUGGCUCAGACAAUCGGACUGACUGCAAUGACAGAGCCAGCAAGGUGAGGACAGAGCCAGCUUUAGAUACAAGGAGCCGGGUCCGACCGACGGAGCCAAAGGUGUCCAGUGGCAUGCUGGCUGCGGGUGAGGUGAAGGCCACCAUUAAAGUGGAAGUUCAGACGGGGGAGCAGCCUGUGGACAUGAGCACCUCCAGAGGCAGUAUUAAAAGGGAGAAGCGCCCUCCGUCCCCUGAAGAUGACGAUGUCAUCAUCUUGUCCGACAAUGACUCCCCCAGUCCACCGAUGAAUGGCUUGAGUCACUUUAAGGAUCUGGACACAGACCUGCUCAUGAAGAGGAGCCCAGCGGAGAGGGAGCGUAUCAUUAAGCAGCUGAAGGAGGAGCUGAGACUGGAGGAGGCCAAGCUGGUGCUGCUGAAGAAACUUCGACAGAGCCAGAUCCAGAGGGACACUCUCCAGAAGCCCUCAAGUCUGUCCGGCUCCUCUGCUCCUCCUCCUCUAAUCCGAGGAACAAUUACAAGCAGUAAAGGCUCUCAGCAGAUUUUGACGGGAAGGAGUUCAGGCACGGUCAUCCCUCCACCGCUGGUGAGAGGAGGGCAGCAUGUGUCGUCCAAACAUGGCUCCCAGAUCAUAAUGCCUCCUCUGGUCAGAGGGGCACAGCCCAUCUCUGUAUCUCCACAGCAGAUCCAGGCUCUCCGCCAGCAGCAGCAGCAGCAGCAGCAGCAGUUGGCUGCCUCUGGAGGCUCAGGACCCCCGCCGCUGCUGUUGGGCCCCAGGACCUCAGCCCCUGCAGGUCAGGGCCAGAGAGGCAUGGUCCAGCCAGGCCUCAUCAGAAUUGGCAGUAGUGCUACCACGCUGGCCUCGCCAUCCAGUUUGAAGGGCUCUUCCUCAGGCAGCGGCUUGUCUGUGGUUAGCAUGAACGACUCUCCAGCCAGCCGCCAAGCUGCAGCUAAACUCGCCCUGCGGAAACAACUGGAGAAGACCCUCCUGGAGAUUCCUCCACCCAAGCCCCCAGCUCCGGAGUUUAACUUCCUGCCCUCUGCAGCCAAUAAUGAAUUCAUCUACCUGGUGGGACUGGAAGAAGUGGUACAGAAUCUGCUGGAUAGCAUCCACAGAGGAAAGACAGGUGUAGCACUGUCCAAGACCACUGUCAGCGAACCCUUCAUGUGCACCCAAUGCAACACUGACUUCACCUGCCGCUGGAGGCAGGACAAGACAAAGGGCGGAGCAGUCCUCUGUGAACACUGCAUGUCAUCCAAUCAGAAAAAGGCUUUGAAAGCUGAGCACACCAAUAGGCUCAAAGGCGCGUUUGUCAAAGCACUGCAAGAAGAGCAGGAAAUAGAGCAGCGUAUUUUUCAGCAGACGUCCUCACCGGUCUCCCACAGUAGCUCCUCAUCCUCGUCGUUGAAAGCAGAGCAGCUGGUGUCUCAGCAGCUGAAGCAGGCCCACGCCAGAGCGUCCUCCCUCCAGCACCACCACCAGGCCAGCCGAGGAGCCAACAUUCUUCACCAUCACUCCAUCAAGCAGAGCUCCCAGGGUCAGCUGUCCCAUGGUGUCUCAUCAUUGGGGUUAAGGGGCGUCCCCCAUUCCUUCUCCUCCUCCUCCCAGCUGCAGAGUGCGGUGGCGGCCGCAGCUUUGGUCAGCCGGCCAGGUAAGCACGCCCAUGUUUCCCACCGCUCUGUCCAGAGUUCAAAGGUGAGCAGCAGUGGAAUCGUCGGCGGCAGGAAUAUCAGCGGAGGUAGUGCCUCAUCCACUGCAUGGAAGAAGCAGAGCAACAGCAACACAGGAGUCACCAUGGCCUACGUGAACCCCAGCCUGACGGGUCACAAGACGUCAGCCACCGUCGACGCUCGUCAGAGGGAGUACCUGCUGGACAUGAUCCCCUCUCGCUCAUCGAUCUCGCAGACGGCAAACCCAUGGAAAUAAUUCAAACUGUACUCUACUAUUCAUUGUUAGUUUUUAAGUUUCCUCAGCUCCAAUAAUAUGGCCAACAGCAACCCCCGGAGGACUGUCAAGCAAAUGCAAUCUCCUAAAGUGAAGAAAUGAUCCUUCCUUACCUUUUGUAUGAUUGUUGUUUUAGUUUUUUUAUUUUCUGUUCUUUGGUAAUUGUGCAGAAACCAUUUUGAUUUGAAUACUUGAAGGGCUUCCCCCUGGGUACUUCUGUCCUCCAGACUGGGUGGUUAAAUGAUGGUGUGAUAAUGUGUCUGCAUUGAGUGCUCUGAUAAAAAAUGAGUACUCAGUUCUGGGCUUAUAUGCUCUUUCUGCCAUAAUGUGGGUCAGUCUGAUCCAACCUUUUUGACACUUGAAUGGUUGUAGUCAUACCCAAGAGUUCACAUUCAACAAAAUACACAUUUAUCUUAAGCAAAAGCAAAAUAAUUAAGUUGUACAAAUUUUCACUCUAUCACCCCUGUUGUUUAAGGUUUGAAUUUAUUUUGUAUUUACAGUAAGUUAUUUCGUUUUUUUGACUGUUGUUAAAAAUCACUCAGUAUAUUGUGGUUUCCACAAAUGAAGAGUUUAUUCUAGCUUUGUUGUUUUUUCCCCUGUUUAACGGCAUGCCUUCCCUUAACCCUUCUGUUCAUUUUGCACCUUAGCUGAAGAAGCAUGGUGUCGUUGCUUAAUUCAUCUGUAAUUACCAUCUGUAAUUUGCUUAUUUUAUAUUAAUGUCAACAUUGUAAGAUUUUUUUUGAGUGUUAUGUCAUCGCUUAGAAAAUGCAAACUCUGAAGGAGCUGAAUUUGCCACACUGGAGCCAGAGUUCCUCUCUGAUUUGUUCAACAAUAAUCUCUGCAAUAUGCAGCAUAUACUUAGCCCUGGAUAAAUUCUUGAAGGGAAUAUCUCCCAGCUACCGAGACCCUGGAAUACACAAGACCAUCACCAUACCCCUCACCAUAUUGCAUAAUUUCUCUGCUUCCUGAUCUUAACUGCAUUGUACAAACUUAUCAUCAAAUUUAUUUGGUUUACUUUUUUCCUAGCUCCUAAAGAAAUAAUAAAAAAAAUAUACAUUUUAAA